UGGCCAAAACCAGGAGCACACCAAGGCUGCCAACUUCUGGACUUGAAGCACUGCACAGAAUCCAGCCCAAGGAGGCCCCCAACCAGAUACCCAACUCCAAGGCACCUCCCACCUGCCCAGGGCACAAAUUGUCAACGGUCCCAGCUACAAUGCAGGCCGCUGGGCUCCCAGAGCCCCUUGACAGCAGGGGCUCCUUCUCUCUCCCCAUGGUGGGUGCCAACAUCUCUCAGGACAAUGGCACCGGCCACAAUGCCACCUUCUCUGAGCCGCUGCCGUUCCUCUAUGUGCUCCUGCCCGCCGUGUACUCUGGGAUUUGUGCCGUGGGACUGACUGGCAACACGGCCGUCAUCCUUGUAAUCCUGAGGGCGCCCAAGAUGAAGACGGUGACCAACGUGUUCAUCCUGAACCUGGCCAUCGCUGAUGGGCUCUUCACACUGGUACUGCCUGUCAACAUCGCAGAGCACCUGCUGCAGCACUGGCCCUUCGGGGAGUUGCUCUGCAAGCUGGUGCUGGCCAUCGACCACUACAACAUCUUCUCCAGCAUCUACUUCCUAGCCGUGAUGAGCGUGGACCGAUACCUGGUGGUGCUGGCCACUGUGCGGUCCCACCACAUGCCCUGGCGCACCUACCGGGGGGCAAAGGUCGCCAGCCUGUGUGUCUGGCUGGGUGUCACGGUUCUGGUUCUGCCCUUCUUCUCUUUUGCUGGCGUCUACAGCAAUGAGCUGCAGGUCCCAAGCUGUGGGCUGAGCUUCCCGCGGCCCGAGCGGGUCUGGUUCAAGGCCAGCCGUGUCUACACGUUGGUCCUGGGCUUCGUGGUACCUGUGUGCACCAUCUGUGUGCUCUACGCAGACCUGCUGCGCAGGCUGCGGGCCGUGCGGCUCUGCUCUGGCGCCAAGGCUCUAGGCAAGGCCAGGCGGAAGGUGACCAUCCUGGUCCUCGUCGUGCUGGCCGUGUGCCUCCUCUGCUGGACGCCCUUCCACCUGGCCUCUGUCGUGGCCCUGACCACAGACCUGCCCCAGACCCCACUGGUCAUCAGCAUGUCCUACGUCAUCACCAGCCUCAGCUACGCCAACUCAUGCCUGAACCCCUUCCUCUACGCCUUUCUAGACGACAACUUCCGGAAGAAUUUCCGUACCAUGUUCAGGUGCUGAGGGGCCUGAGCACCCACCAUCACCCCCACCACCACCCAGUUCGGGUUGUCUCUUUCAGGGGGUGCCCAUCCUGUUCACAUCCCAGUGCUGUCUUCUCCACACAGUGAGACACAGACCCUCAAACACUGGCCACCAGACCUACAGAGACAGCUGUGGGCAUAUACCUUCCAUGUCUCUGCUUCCU